GGCCGAUUUAAGUUGCAUGUAUGGGCGAUAUUCUGUUUGAAUUUUAGCGUUUGCUGGUCAAUUUUCGUAUUUAUAUUUUUCGAAUUGUUUAAGAGAAUGGGACAAAAUCUUAACGAAGCUCCUCCGAGUUCACGGUAGGGUUUUGGUGACAAAAAGGCUGUUUUGUCAGAUUUGCUUUGUGCCAAUAACUUUGAGGAGAGCUGUAGCGGUCCUAUGCAUUCUCUGAUUUCCAGAUUAACUAGAAUUGAAGCAGCAAGAAAGAUUGAACGAUACUGGUGUUCUUACCGGGACAAGCAAAUGUUCAAGUUGCUAAAAUAUGCAAUAUGUGCGGCGGUAAGUUUGUACAAAUCAAGCUUGAAAUAUGAUUUGUGCGCUGAACGAUUGCACUGUGAAAGAAUAGUCUUCCUUUUGUUGCCAGUGUAGAAUUCAUGAUGUUCCUUUUUUCAGGAACAUUCUCUUACGUAUGAGGUGCUUAGAAAGGUGUCACCACUCGAGGCAGACCUUCUGCGUGAUCCUGUGAUUCAAGCACGAGUGAGAUUCAGGUAUGGGGAGCUCGAAGGCUUAGGUUUUGUUGUUGUUGCUUUUUAUAUUUUUUCAGCUUUACGCUAAGAAUAAUCCAAGGCAAAAGAGAUCUAUAAUGAUUAGUAUCUAGAAGAAUCUAUAAUAGAUGAAAGUUUUGGUUCACAUCUUGCUUGACGUGUUGAAAUUAACUAAUGAAGCCUGUUCCAAACAUUCCCCCACCCCAUUCCCCUGCUUAUGGGAACAAAAUUCAAACACUUCUUCCUGUGGGGAACGGUAUUCAGGCUGUGAUGACCCAGAGAGCUUGGAGAAGCAAAGAACAUGUUACCAAAGUAUGUCCAUAAUUAAGGUGAAAUGUAGCUUUUCUGUGAGUAAAACUAAAUAAUUGACUUUCCAUCACCCUCUGCAAAACGUGAAGGUGCACAUCAAAUACUUUAUCAGCCAAUCCCAAUGAAACACCACAGGGCAACCAGUUAGCCAAUUCAGCAAGAUAAAAAGUGGAUCUGUUUAAAAAAAACAACUUGUACAAAUUUUCUUCUCUAACAACUGUGACAGUUACAGUAAACAUACAGAUAGAGGCAAAUCUGGUCAAUGAUUGUUGGUUUUUUUUUUUUCAUUAUCCUUUUCUAUGAAAGUUUUGUAGAUUUGGAGGAUCAGAAUUUCCACCCAUUAUUUUGUUCAAGAUUUUUAUUCACAGUGGAGGACAUGGCGUUAAGUAUUAUUGUGGGAAAAAGGUUAUCAAACCUGCCUCAGAGGUAACUAAGGAUAUUAGCUUUCUGUGUGGGAUUAUUUGCACUAUGGGGCUAUGAAUUUCAAUAAACAGUGGUCAUCUAGUUUAAUACUGUAAUUUUUUUGUUAUUUCUAGGCAGCUUGUGACUCACUAAGAUUAAUGGGAAAUCGCAAAUUCUAUGAUCAGUUAAUAGCUGAUACAUGUCAGCAUGAGAAAGACAGAAUAACUGAUGAAACUGAUGUAACAACAAUGAAAGAUUAUAUGCAGGUAUGAGGAAUGAUGCAGAAAGUCUUCCCACAGCUUUAUGGCUGUAGUUCAUUGAAUUUUUUUGCAAAUUAAAGUAUUACAAAGCUUACUCACCCCCCCCCCCUCUAAACCCUCAGUCCCAACCCUUUGUCAAUAUCCUUAGACACUCUGCCAGUACAGUACAACCCAUUUCUAACCCGAGAUUGAAAGAGGUGCUGUUAGGGUAAAGUGUUUCCAAGUUAUAUAUCCUGUCUAUAGCUGCUCUCCAAGCCCGAGCUCAAGGGAUCCCUAGAGUCAAAACUCACUGAUAUAUUUCAUAGGCAAUCAUUUCAUCAUACUGUAUGUUGAUUUAAGCAAAAUGAAUAUUAUUUUAUAACUAUACCAACUUGCAAUGUGGAAAUUCAUUUUUAAAGUUUUUUUUUCCUGUCUCACAGUAUUUAAGUCAUCUUGAUGAAUGUCCUGCAGCAACAGGAGGAAAGUCAAAUACUUGGAGAAGACUCACUCUUGAAGGUAUGUCAGCAAAACACCCUUCUUAAUUUGUGCAAUUUCACAAAUUGGUAGUUAUCUUACAAAGGGAGUUUCUCUAUUUAAAUAAAGGUCUGAUUCCUUUAAAUUAACAUCUGUUUACUAGUACAGCUGUAUAUAUGUAAAGAUGGUCAAUAUUAUACAAUUUGGCUGUGUCAGAGUGUAAUUUCUAUUGUGUAAUCUAUAGAUACAUGUAAAUUUAUGUCUUACUUUUUCUGAAAGCUUUAAAUUAAGUUUCCACUUUACAUCUUGUCCAAAUGUAGCUAUCCCAAGGCACAAUAUUGUCCACGAUAUCUUCAGUUACAUGGCAUGUGGUAUCUCCACCCCCCGACUGCUUGAGGAGUGUCCAGACUUGUUGUCAUUGAGACCAGCUACUCAGGAAAUUCAAGUGGCCAGUAUCAAGGCAAUUCCUUUGUACAGGUAUGGUGGCAAAGUUGCUUAAAUUCCCCAGAAGUGAGUGUUGUAAUUUAUAUUAGGCAUAGCUUUUCAAAUGAUCUUAUACAAGUGUUACUGAUGUCCUCCGAUAAUUACACCAGUAAUGCACUUUUUAGCUCUGUCUCUACUACACCUUCCUCGAUCCCCUACUUGCCACCUGAGUGUGUAAUGUAAAGUCCUUAAUAAAAAGGUAAGGUUUGUAGUCACAGGAGGUCAGACCCAUCCAGUGGAAGCUUAUCCCCAUUUCCUUGGUGGAAAACAACUAACAGUAUUACUACUCCCCCUGGAUUAAUGGUUAAUGUGCAGGGACUCUGGGUCAAGAGUUCUGAGUGUGAGACCUGACCUGGUAAUUGUGUUGUGUUAUUGGGAAAAACACUUUCCUAUCACAGUGCCUCUAUCCACCCUGGGGUAUAAAUAGGUACUGGUGAGUGGUCAGGGAAAGCUGAUGAAAUGCUGAGGGGAGAGGGGGUAACCUUGCAAUGGAUUAAUAUCCUAUCCAGGGGGAGUUGUGAUACUCCUUUGUUACUAUAAGCUAAGGAAUAUGAAAUAAGCUCCAGCUGAGUGGCCCAAUUAGCUCAAGUGUAGACUUAACCUUUGUAGUACCUUUAAUCACCUAAUCAGUGCUUAAAUGAUAAAAGAAACUUUUUUCUUUCCAGGAAAAAAGCGCAAACAGAUUACACCAUCUCAUCCCCAGCCAGGAGGUCAAAACAAGCUAAAGCAAGGGUUGCAAAAAUGCGUAAAAUGUUUGGACUGGAUUCUCCAAAACUGCCUGAAAGUCGCCAGGGUGCAACACCAGCAACACAGGUGCCUGAGGAUGAUUUGUUUGAGGAUGAAGAUUGGGAAGAUCAAGCUGACAAAUUAUAUGAAUGGACGCAAAAUUUAUCUUUAGAUGAGCUUGGAGUUGCCUCUCCAUGAUGUUCAACAAUUUGAAAAAUUGGAAUAAAAAUGUGGUUAAGUUGAGAAGGAAGAACAAAAAGCAAGGAAUGGUCCAGGGUCAAAGGUCAGUGUUCAGGUCAUGGAUCAAAUGGACAUCUAACACAUGGCACUGAUCAACAAUUGAAAUUCAAAGCUGCUGUUAUGUUCCCCAUUAUGAGGCAAAAACAUUCAACAAAUAAUUUGAAUACAAUUGGCCCUUGAUAUGCUUACUCAAAAGCAGGAAAGAUCAACUUAAUUUAUGUAUUGUCAAAAUACGUCUUUACCAGAAACAUUUUGUAUUUUUGUAAACAUAGUUUAAAUGUUAUAUUAUGGAAUGUUACUUCCUGAAAACAGAAACUAAACUCCAUGAAAAAUAAUAAUUGAAAAUAAAUAGCUAGGUUAAUUGUUUAAUGUGAAAUGUGUCACUGCAAUGAUUUUUAAACAAUAUCUUUGUCAAGUACAGCACAAAAAAUGAUGUGAUAAGUUGAGUGUUCACCCAAAAAAAUUGCAACUGAUGAAGACAUCCGAGAACAAUGAAUCUUCUUGGUUUAUUAUUUUGUGCUUAUUAGUUACAAUGAAGUUGAUGAAGCAGGGC